UGAUAUCACAUCCAACCCUCCGCCUGCCUGCCGCGCGCUCACUUUGCACCUUUGCUCCACAUAUGCGCACGGGCAACGCUACGCUUUUCCUUCUUCCGUCGCUAGAUACGGGGGCCGGACCAAUACGCCGAGGGAAACAGGAAAAACACACACUUUUGACAGGAUGAACAACAGUUUUCUAAGCAUGGCGUCGAUAGGCGACUUCGACCCGCUCAACGCUUCUAUCCCCGCCACCAAAGUUGAAAUCACGGUGUCCUGCAGAAACCUGCUGGACAGAGACACCUUCUCCAAGUCUGACCCAAUAUGUGUCCUCUACACACAAGGAAUGGGCAACAAAGAGUGGAGAGAGUUUGGAAGAACAGAGGUGAUUGACAACACAUUAAAUCCAGACUUUGUUCGGAAAUUCAUUUUGGACUACUUCUUUGAAGAGCGGCAGAACCUUCGGUUUGACCUGUAUGACGUGGACUCCAAGAGCGCCAACCUCUCCAAACAUGACUUCCUUGGCCAGGCGCAAUGCACUCUGGGAGAAGUUGUGGGGUCUCUUGGCAGCCGCUUGGAGAAAUCUUUGGGAGGAAUCUCGGGAAAAAAAUGUGGGACCAUUAUCGUGAAAGCCGAGGAGCUGAACAACUGCAGGGAAUCUGUCAUGAUGCAGUUCUGCGGAAACAAAUUAGACAAAAAGGAUUUCUUCGGCAAAUCUGAUCCUUUCCUGGUUUUCUAUAGGAGCAACGAGGAUGGCACGUUUACCAUCUGCCACAAAACAGAGGUGAUAAAGAACACACUCAAUCCGGUGUGGCAGGCCUUUAAGAUCCCAGUGAGAGCGCUGUGCAACGGAGACUACGACAGAACAAUCAAAGUGGAAGUGUAUGACUGGGACAGAGAUGGCAGUCAUGACUUCAUUGGAGAGUUCAGCACCAGCUACCGUGAGCUCUCCAGAGGCCAGAGCCAGUUCAAUGUUUAUGAGGUGGUAAAUCAGAAGAAGAAAGGAAAGAAGAAAAAAUACCUCAACUCUGGAACGGUGACGCUGCUGUCCUUCCUGGUGGACAUGGAGGUGACCUUCUUGGACUACAUCAAAGGCGGGACCCAGAUCAACUUCACCGUCGCCAUCGAUUUCACCGCCUCCAAUGGUAACCCCGCCCAGCCCACCUCUCUGCACUACAUGAGUCCAUACCAGCUGAACGCAUAUGCCAUGGCCCUAAAGGCAGUCGGGGAGAUCAUCCAGGACUACGACAGCGACAAAAUGUUCCCUGCAUUGGGCUUUGGGGCCAAGCUGCCUCCGGACGGCCGAGUGUCCCACGAAUUUGCCCUGAACGGAAACCCUCAGAACCCCUACUGCGCUGGGAUAGAGGGUGUGAUGGAGGCUUAUUACCAGAGCCUGAAGUCAGUGCAGCUCUAUGGACCAACCAACUUUUCACCGGUCAUUAAUCAUGUUGCCAGAUACGCAGCCUCUGUGAAGGACGGCUCUCAGUACUUUGUUCUACUCAUCAUCACAGAUGGAGUCAUCUCAGACAUGGCCCAGACCAAGGAGUCCAUCGUCAAUGCCUCCUGUCUACCCAUGUCCAUCAUCAUUGUGGGAGUGGGGCCUGCAGAGUUUGAUGCAAUGGUGGAGUUGGACGGUGAUGAAAUCCGAAUCUCCUCCAGAGGAAGAUAUGCAGAAAGAGACAUUGUUCAGUUUGUCCCAUUCAGAGACUACAUCGACCGGACAGGGAACCACAUCCUCAGUAUGGCGCGGCUGGCGAAGGACGUCUUGGCCGAAAUCCCAGACCAGUUCUUGUCCUACAUGAGAACCCGCGGGAUCAAACCCUCGCCUGCUCCACCCCCUUACACUCCACCGGCCCAACCACUCCAAACCCAGAUCUGAGCACUGAGCAACCAGAAGGGGGCACUGUGUCUGUGUGCCAACAAUGACUUUUAACCAGAAAUACUUCCAUUUCCUUGCGGUCUGCUCUCAUCGUCGUGGAUACCAGUGGUGUUUCUCGUGUUGAGGAGGAAGUGAGAGGUAGUCGCGCUUUGAGGACCGGAGAAGCCAAUCGGAGUCUGUUUACUUCCAAGUGUCGAGCAUUCCUGUUUGUGUCUGGAAUUUUAUGUUCUCUUGGGACAUAGAAACGCAUCUGAGAAAGUUAGGAAUCAUUGACACCAUCAUAUGAUCAGGGAGAAGGUUGUAGGAUAUUUGGAUAAAGAGGUAUUUUCUGGAACGCUGUAAAUUGAAUGUCUGUAGACCAUGAAGGAAUAACUUGAUCAAACUUUUUGUAAAUAACUUUUCUCUCUCUCUUUCUCUAUCUCUCUAUCUCGAACUCAAACACGUGUUUACAGUAAACUCUAACAAGGAUUUUUACUGAUACCUUUUAUACACAGUUUCAAUGAUCUUGUAAUACUCUCCACUCUUUUCCUUCUUUCUAUCUCUUUCUAUCUCUGGCAUGUGCUUCAGGUAGCAGCAGUGCAGGUCCUGGUAGCUCCUCUGUACCGUACCGUACCGUGCUGUACCGUACCGUACUGUAACCUGGUGUUUGUAUUCAGACUUUUGCAUGAGUGUAGCUCAGUGCAUGCAUCUAGUGGCCCUGCACUACCUCUUCUCCCAUCGGUUGAAUGUGUGUGAGCGGUGAGAGGCUGUGAGUUUGUGUGUAUACAUAAUGUUUGUCAAAUGUCACAAAUACUAUUUUCCUACUGUCUAAAUGGCUCUUUCCUUCUAUACUUUGUCCAAUACAGAGCAGUGUUUCCAUGCAAUUUCAUUUUGUGAGAAGUUAUUUUAGUUAUUUGUUCAGCAAUCUUUUUGAGGGUUGCGUCUUUUGAUGGUAUUUUGUAGCAAUUACAAUGAAAUAUAGUAAGUUAAAUUACAUCACAUGUCACGAUACACUCAACCCACAUAGGACCAGCGGUGGCCAACCAUUCUUAUUUUUUCAACUAUAUUUAAAGUGUAAUUCAAAAUAAAAGUGCACAUGGUCGUUGUAGAAACAAAGAUGAGAAGUCCUCAGACUGAUCCCUGAGGAACACCUUUUUCAUGUUUAUUACAGUGCAUUCAAUCCCAUCUAGUCUUAAGCAUCUUUGAAUGUUUCAGUUGAAUGGAAACACAGCUGCUGCAUGUCUCUCUCUCUUCCAAACUGUCUUGGCAAUAUGAUGCCCUCAACUCCAGGGGGCGCUGUCUCACUGUGUGUCCAAAUCUACAUCCCUGCCCAUGUUGAAAUGUAACAGCAGCUGCUCUCAAACUAAAUAAAGUUUGAGCAAAAAGAGCCCAGUGGUCAAAAAUGCAGAUAAAACAUAUUUUCCCUUAGUUUGCUUCGUCAAUUUAAUUUUCUUGUGUCUGUUUUAAUCGCACCUUUAGCUUUUAUAUAGCUUUUUAUAUGUUUGUUUUUAGUGUGCAUAUUUGUACGUGCCAAUCAUCUGUAAAGAGGUGAUAUGAAGUUUAAGUCUUGAUUUUUAUUUGUUCUAAAAUAUGUGAAGAAUUUGAAGAUUUUGUAAAGAAUGUGAAGAAAUGUCUGUGGCUUGAAGUGUUAAAAUAAUGAUUGAAUGGAACAUGGAUGAGGUUUAUAUGUUGUAUGUAUGAACCGAUUAGAACAUUAUCAGAAAUUAUGUUAAAGUUCUAGCAAAUAGAGAAUAACAAAAGCUGAAGAAAUAGAGAAUAGCGAUGAAUUCAAAAAGACCUUACACAGAAAUGAUCAUUAUUCAGUUCAUUUAUCAGUUACAUCGAAGCUAUGGUUGAUGUUGUAAGAAGCCAAUACUGCUACUUUAGGUGUAAUUAAAGUGGUACCCAAUAUUAUUACUAAUAUUUUUCAGAAUUACCUCUUCAGUUAAAGAGAAACAAAUAACAAGCAUGGCAAAAUGUAAUGAACUAAACAAUCUCAAUAGCACAAUAUGAACACAGACCUUAUAGUUACUUAUAUCGACUGUGUGUAUUAUACUAUUACCAUCACAAUAUUGAUUCCUUUGUUUUCUACUCUCCUGUUGUGUUGCCGCGGUAGCACAGUGUAGCAGUAGCAAUAGUGUGUAGUCGCUUGAGUAGUUGCGUAGUUACAGUUAGCCUCAAGUAACCAGUACAGUUUGAGUUCAGAGCUGGGCACAUCAUUAGAAUUGUGGGUCAAAUAAGUCACCUCAUUACAGUGCAUCUCUCCAAACUGAGACAGCAGGGGGUGACACUUAUGUAGCUUUGGUGAUUGGGAAAGGGGAGCAGAUGGUAACAGUUCUUGGUGACAAUCGAAAAUGCAUUCCCUCUGGCUUUAACAUACACAGUUGGCAUGCUUUGACAUUUUUCAAACACAACUGGCUUUACUUACAGUCAGGCAAACUGCAAACUGAUUUCUAAAUGCUAAUCUACCUCUUGAUUAUGUAAUGCUGAUCCGAUCCCAUUUAACAUUUUCAACCACAGUAUGGAAACAAAGAAACAAAGCAUCUGACCCAUUUGAGAUACCAAGAGGUAAUUUGAUACUUUUUACAGAACACAAUAUAGUGCCAAAAAGUUAACGCUUUUGCAAUGAACUGUUAAUUUGAUGUAUCUGAACACUUCAAAACCAGGGAUUCAUUUAUUGUUGCCAAAAAGUUCAAAGUGUUAUAAUCCGAAUUGCUGUACUUGUGCAAUUACAUGUCACUUUGAAAUUGAAACUUGUGUGAAGACUAUUUGUGAAGAUUUGCAUAAGCUAAACAAAAUAUUAUACAAAUGUUAGACUUCUGUGUUUCCAUACUAUAGCCAUUGCUGCCAAUAGUUUAUUAUUCAGUGAAAUCAAUCUGGAAAAUCUUGCCAACGCCCAGAGUAGAGCCUGUAUGUUUGUGAAGUGAGUGAAUGCCUUUAUAAAUACAGUACAUAUGAGUUUGUGAACGAAUGAUUUGAUUUUGUACAGUGAGUGAAGUAUACACUUGUUUACUAAAACUAUCCAAAUACUAUAUUGUUGCUUGUUAUACAACGUGCACUAUGUUUGCAUGUACAGUUUUACAAAGGAUGCACCAGUUCCUUUUGUUUAAAACUGAGUGUUUUGAAAUAUAAAAUCUAUAUCAAAUUGUAAAAUUGCCUUAAAUCUUUCACUGAUUUUCUUGGAUUUGUGCGAUGCCUUCUUCAGAAAUUGUUUAAGAAAGUAGUCGUGAUAUAUUUUGUGUCAGUGUUUUUAAAUUGCUUUCUAGUGCAUUUUUUUCUUUUGCAAAAGUUAAAUUAUAACAAAUAUAUUAUCUAGUUUGUUUUUUAUUAUUGUGAUUAAUCAGAGAGAGCAUGGCUGAAGUACUGAUUGUCUAAUACAUAUACUAGAUGACUAUUUCUGUAUCAAAGUAUUGAUUUUUCAAAUAAAUAUUCAUAUUUAAAA